AUGGCCACUGAGGUGCGCGACCUUCGUCCCGCCGCGGAUGGAGUUUUCCUUCUGUCAGUUCAGGGCUUCAGUGGCCGGGGGUCACAUGACCUAGAUGUGGGUAUGGGAAAGCACGUUGGCAGCCCCGCGUACGAGGAGUUCAAGUUGAAGCUGGUACCCAGUACCAAUGCCGAUGCCAUUGGGGGCAAAUUGGUCUCUGUUGAACUUCGUGAUUCCACUUCGCCAUGCGCGGAUGGAAACUGCGGCGUGUCCCGCCGGGGUGCAGUGCUCAGGUACCGCUCAGCGACAGAGUGUCGCACCAAGAAAGUCGCUGACAGGUGCGAGCUGGCCAUUAAUGACAAAGGGGCAGGGAUCCGACGACAGCAGGGAGUCGCGAGCCCGGUGCGACAGCUACGAUCACAGCCGCGAGACAAGGCCGUCUGUCAGCCGGGCCGCCCAGUGCGGAAGGUGAAGCCGACCGUGGAGCGGCGAGCCCGAGGCUGGUGUUUUGCCAAUUGGGAGGUCGGAGCUCAACCCGCCCGAGAAGAAGCGAGCAAUCUCCUCCACACGGAGCAAGAAGCAGCAGCGGAGGAGCACUACGACAUGUGGGCCGGGCGGCGACCUGUGCAAAGGCUCGAGGUGGCAGAGCAGGCGGUGCUGCAGAAGAGGAACAUCGUUGUGUCCCAGGCAACGCCGCGCGAGCGUCAAUUCGGGAUCUAUGAGCCUCCAAUCCGCAGAAGCUCCACCAACAGAUCGUCUCGUGCAGAGCCUGUUGAGCUGCCCCUUUCGCAGCUACACAUUGUGGCAGCCCAGAGACAGCUGCCUUCGCUGCUGGAGGCGCAGCCUCAGGCCGAUGCCUCUGCCUGCGUGGCAGCGUGGUCCGAGCUGCUGCGCGUCUGCCAGCGUCGGGCACCGGAGUUGUUGGCGACCUGGAGCUGUGGCGUCGGUGCGCUGCUCCGGUUCGCGGUGCUGAUUCCACGAGAGCAGUGGCUCAGGGACCCAGCGGAUUGGGAGACCGAAGAGCCGAAAGGAGAUGGAGGAGAGGUAGAUAUGGCGGAUAUAGACGGCCCCGAGGGCCCCAUGACUGGCCUGGAAGCCCUGCCAAGGCUUGAGAGCCUCCUGAGACACCUCAUGACAAAAUAUGAUGAUGCGCCAAUGACACUUGCCGGUGCCUUCACGUGGAGUGAUGGUGCUGGUGGGACUCUACGGGAGCGUCCCGGGCGUGAGGUGGUGUUGUGCAGCGGAGCCGGCAUUCAGCUGUGCACCCGUUUCGCGCUCCUGUUCGCAGAAGUUUGCAGAGGAGACCGAAAACCUGUUGCAGCCGCUCAAGAGUUGCUCACACCCAAUCUCUCCAAAAAGAUGGUGAGCAGGCUUUUACAAAGCAGCGAUGCCAAACUUCCGCCUCCGCCCCCUGUGCAAGUGCCCGAGAGUGUGCGGCACGUGCAGCCGCUCUCUGUGAUCCUGGCGAGCCCCUUGCUGGCCUUGAGGCGCGCACAGAUGGAGACCCUUGGCGGCCCUGCAAUCUUUGCAGAGGCCCUUGCCAGAACACAGCUUGGCAAGGAUUUGGGCAGCGAAGAGGAGGAAGAGUUUGCUCUGAGCAUCCUGUCGUGGGCUUGCCGCUUCGCGGAGGACGAGGAGUUGCAGGACCCAAGCAAAGCAGCUCAGGCGGUCGAGUGGCUACUUGCGCAACGCAUGUUGGACCCGAAGUUUUCUCUGGUUGUUGCUGGCAACCCACGGGCACCCAAGAAAGUCUUGGAGGCUGCAAGAAGAGAUGCAGCCACGCUCGAACUGCAGCGACUACAGAUGAGCGGUCAGCGUUUCUUGCCGAACCCCGGCAAGAUCAGAGGCUUUGUGAAGAAAGGAGUUCUGGCAGCCUUCGGCUCACCGUAUAGUGAAGACUCCCCAGAUGGCAAAGUGCUGCCACAGGGACUCCGUGCAAUGCUAGGCAUGGAAGGUACGAACUUCCGUGAACCGGAGCCGCCCAACAGCUGGCAUGGGGACACGUACGAGCCCUGUGCAGCCGAGCAGAGCUUCUUGCAGGAUCCGAAGUUCCUGCGCAAGGCCACGGUCCGCAUAGACGAAAUCCUGAGCUUCGAGUACCUGCAGCAUGUUGGUCAGACAAUGAAGAAUUGCCUUCGUGCCGAAAGGAGAGGUGGGAUGAGCUUGAUGAAGUAUCUCAGCAGAGUUAAGGCCCGUGAGAGCAGCUUCUGGGUCAUGACCAUCACGGCAGAAUCCACAGAAGAGGAAGAAGAGGCGCCGCUUCAGCACAUGCUGCUCAUGGAGGUUUACAACGGCUUGAACGUGAUUCACCAAGCAGAGGGUCCGCAUCCUCGGCGCUGGCCGCGAGCGGAUGCCUGGACGUGGCUCCAGGAGUGGGCUGCGCAGGAGGGUCUGCGCCCGGACGGCCCUGAAGGUGUCACCGUCGGACCCUAUGAUGUCGGUGCCACGACUGUGGCAGCGAUGCUUUGGAUGCCACAGCAGCAGUGGAGCUACCUGGGCGUUCUGGUCCUGGGAUCUACAGCAGUUGCGGGGUCUGCGCUGGCGGCCGCCUUGUGUCUGGCCAUUUGGCGGAAGGGCCUGCUGGCUCUGGUGAGCAGCGAGGUGCCGUGCGUUCUUCGGCGCCCGCUGUUCGAUGUCCUACACGACAUCACCAGGGCCGCAAAGCAGCGGAUACUCAACGUCACCCGUUUCUCCAUGCUUCUCUUCUUCACUUUGGACGAGGAAGAGCAGAAGAGCAUCCGUAGCGGCCUUGGGCCGGAGCUCCAAGAGAUGCUCUUCAGACGGCCGCUUGCACAGCUCCUGCCAAGCCCAGUGCGGCGAUUUCUCUUCGGACCGCAGGAGGCUGUCUGCGGCGCUUCCUACGGCCUGCGGCGGCAGCUGACGCCGCGGGACACGCCGCGAGAUGCACGGAGCUUGGCCGAGCCUCCCAGGCUCGGUGGAAGUCGCAGCCCGUGCGCUCAGCCCGCGGCUGCCGUGGGGCCCAGUGCCGGGGCAAGGGACGACUUGAAAGGUGCAGAGCUGGAGGCAGUGCUGGCAGAAUGGACCGUCGGUGCUGUCGGUGCCUAUGUGAAGCUCCUCGGCAUUGGCACUUGUCGACAGCUGCAGACCCUCCUUCGAAGAUGGAGGAUCGCUCCAGGAACCUCGGACGCUCCAAAGUGGAGCCUCCAAGCGCUCCAAGCGGCUCCCACGCUGCUUGGAGGCUCCAUGAUCAGCUUGGGCUGCGGAACCCUGGGCAUGGCUGGUGGAGGCUUCGUCGGCGCCAUUUGUGGUCUCGUUCCUGCUCUGCUGACCUUCGGUCUCUCCAUUCCCAUUGGAGCUAUGAUCGGAGGUUUGGUCGGAUGGUUCUGUGGACUCGUGAGCGGCAUCCUACUCACGGUGUCAGUACACGGAAAGACAGGGGGUUUCGGCGCGGCACAUUCCAGACAAAUGGUGGCUGCAAAGUGUUGUGUUGACUAG